GUUUGUAAUUUUCUGUUUGAAAAAUCUAUAAUAUUGAUAAAGUAGUAUUUUUGGAACGUGCCUUAAUCGAUCAUUAACAGUUCGUUAACCACUUGGUAAAUACAGGUACGCUUCCCAACAUUUGUGUAUGCAACGCGCGCGGAUUAUUUUUAGGAAACUCUCUGGUGUGAUGUAAUCGGAUAAACAAACCCAUUCAACAUCGGUCGCGCGCUUAAAUUCAUCACACGCUGACCUUGCUUUAUUAUGCGUUAGCAGCUACAUUUAGCUCGCUGUUAUGAUGUCGAAUUAUCCAAUUUAUUCCCACUCGGUUUUAUAUCUCAGCCGAAAGCGGACGCUUCGAUUUGUCCAGUAAAGAAUCGUAUUUCGAUUCGUCAUGUUCGUUCUCUACGUCGCCGUUGUUAUUAUUUUGUUCCUAUCUUACGUAAAAUGGCGCCAAUCGUACUGGAGAAGUAAAAAUCUGUUUGAACUGGAACACGAGUUCCUCCUGGGUAACAUGAGAAAAAUAUUAACCGGAAAAAUACCCUAUUCCGAAGAAUUCAACAACUUAUACAACAUUAUCAAGUCGAAAAAACAAAUUCACGGAGGUAUUUAUGCCAUAUGGGACCCCAUAUACAUGCCCAUCGAUCCUGUAUUGAUUAAAACUAUCCUUGUAAAAGAUUUUUCGUUUUUAAAGGGUCACGGAGUGUACCAUCAUCCUAAAGACAUUCUUUCAAUGAACUUAUUCGGUGUGGAUGGAGAUGUGUGGAGACGAUUGAGAGUCAAACUGUCUCCGACCUUCACGUCAGGUAAAAUGAAAAUGAUGUUUGAAACCCUAAUGAAAAAAACGACAGGAUUUGAAACUGUAGUAGGGAAGUACGCAGAUACAGAAGAAUCUGCGCCAAUAAAAGAAAUAUCUGGAAGGUUUACUACUGAUAUCAUAGGAAGCUGUGCGUUUGGAAUAGAAUGCAAUUCUUUAGAUAAUCCCGAUAACGAAUUCCGAAGUCCAGGGAAGAAAGCAUUACAACCUGGGUUGCUAAGAUUUUACUUUAUGUCAAUUAUUCCUUGGUGGUUAUUAGGGAAUUUAGGCUUUAAAGGUAACGGCAUGGAGGCAGAAAUAUUUUACUCCAACAUCGUUAAGAAAACUAUCCGUUAUCGUGAAACAAGUAACGUUCAUCGAAAUGACUUCAUGCAGUUGCUAUUACAACUAAAGAACGAAUCUAAUACAAUCCUUGAUGAUGAUAAAGAAAACUACACUCAACUGUUGAUGAAAUAAUCGCACAAUGUUUUGUGUUCUUCGUCGCGGGAUUUGAGACGUCUUCCACCACUAUGUCGUUUGCUUUGCUCGAACUCUCGCAGAAUGAAGACG